AUGGACUUGGACACCGAUGUUCCCAUGGAGGACGUCGAAGACGUGCAAACCAAGGCACCCCAACAGGAGCUAAGUAAAAAGACCGACAUUGCCACCUCGUCCAUAAACCAAUUGGACCAGUGGAUCGCCAAGUUGGCUCAGUGCGAGCCACUCUCUGAGGCCGACGUGAAGAAAUUGUGUGACAUGGCUAUUGAUGUUUUGCAAUUCGAAGAAAACGUCCAGCCUGUCCAGGUGCCCGUGACCAUCUGUGGUGAUGUGCACGGGCAGUUCCACGACUUGAUGGAGCUCUUUGAGAUCGGAGGCCCUUGUCCCGACACAAACUAUUUGUUCAUGGGUGACUACGUCGACAGAGGCUACUACUCGGUGGAAACUGUGUCGUAUCUAGUUUGCAUGAAGGUGCGGUACCCUAACCGUAUCACCAUCUUAAGAGGCAACCACGAGUCUAGGCAGAUUACCCAGGUGUAUGGAUUCUAUGACGAGUGUUUGAGAAAAUACGGCUCUGCAGCUGUGUGGAAGUUGUUCACCGAUCUCUUUGACUACUUCCCCAUCACCGCAUUGGUGGACAACAAGAUAUUCUGUUUGCACGGAGGAUUGCUGCCAAUGAUCGAGACCAUAGAUCAGGUACGUGAGUUGAACCGUAUUCAGGAGGUGCCUCACGAGGGUCCCAUGUGCGACUUGUUGUGGUCGGACCCUGACGACAGAGGAGGAUGGGGAAUCUCUCCACGAGGUGCGGGUUUCACUUUUGGACAAGAUAUCUCCGAACAGUUCAAUCACACCAACGACUUGAGUCUCAUUGCCCGUGCACAUCAGCUUGUCAUGGAGGGUUACCUGUGGUCACAUCAAGAAAGCGUGGUGACCAUUUUCAGUGCGCCAAACUACUGUUACCGUUGUGGUAACCAAGCAGCUAUCAUGGAGGUGGACGAAAGCCAUCAAAGACAGUUUUUACAGUACGAUCCUUCGGUGAGACCAGGUGAACCCACGGUGACACGUAAGACCCCAGACUACUUCUUGUAG